GCCCCGUGCCUGCAGCUGCCGGAGGAGACUAGGCCUCUGUCCGCACCCUGAACCGCCCGCCCCUGGCCCGCCCUUGUCCCACGCGCUCCACUCCCUCGGCCACCAGGUAUUCCACCGGCCACCAGGUACUGGCCGGCCUGCAUUCCCAGACCAGCAGAAGAGCAGCUGGGGAAGGACUCCCGAAACCCCAGGACUUGAACUCCAAAGGCUGUGUCAUUAGAUUUUUGAGACAGCCUUACCAUGUGUGCGGGACUAAUCGAGAGGUACGUGGCUGCCAUGGUGCUGAGUGCAACUGGAGAUGCUUUGGGGUACUUCAAUGGGAAGUGGGAGUUCCUCCGCAACGGGGAGAAGAUUCACCAGGAGCUGGCCCAGCUUGGUGGCUUGGAUGCCAUAGAUGUGGAGAGGUGGAGAGUCAGCGAUGACACAGUGAUGCACCUGGCCACGGCAGAAGCUCUCGUGGAAGCUGGAAAAGUCUCAGACUUGGAUCAACUGUAUUCCCUCCUUGCUAAGCAUUACCAGGAUUGCAUGGAAGACAUGGAUGGCCGGGCACCAGGCGGUGCUUCGGUGCAGAAUGCCAUGCUGCUGAAGCCAGACGAAGCCAAUGGAUGGAGGAUUCCCUUUAACAAUCAUGAGGGAGGCUGCGGGGCUGCCAUGCGAGCCAUGUGCAUUGGCCUUAGGUUCCCUCGCCUCAGCCAGUUGGACACACUGAUCCAGGUGAGCAUCGAGAGUGGCCGAAUGACCCACCAUCACCCCACUGGCUACCUGGGUGCCCUUGUGUCUGCUCUUUUUACAGCCUAUGCUGUGAAUGGCAAGCCCCCCCAGCAAUGGGGAAAAGGACUGAUGGAGGUGCUACCAGAAGCUAAAAAGUACAUUGUCCAAUCAGGCUACUUUGUGGAACAGAAUCUUCAGCACUGGUCCUAUUUCCAAGACCAAUGGGAAAAGUACCUAAAACUUAGAGGGAUUUUGGAUGGCAAAUCAGCCCCCACCUUCCCCAAGCCCUAUGAUGUGAAGGAAAGGGACCAGUUCUACACCUCGGUGAGCUAUUCUGGCUGGGGUGGCAGCAGUGGACACGACGCCCCCAUGAUUGCCUACGAUGCCAUCCUGGCCGCAGGAGACUCUUGGAAGGAACUUGCCCACCGAGCCUUUUUCCAUGGGGGAGACAGUGAUUCUACGGCUGCCAUUGCAGGCUGCUGGUGGGGAGUGAUGUAUGGUUUUAAAGGAGUCAGUCCCUCCAACUAUGAGAAACUAGAAUACAGAAAGCGGCUGGUAGAAAUAGCCAGGGCUUUACAUUCUCUUGGGUCAAAGGAAGAUACUGUAAUUGCCCUUUAGGGAAAUAUGAUGUUCAUUUCUGGUGGUUUUUUCCCUUUAUAGUCCCUUUUCUGCUCAGUUUCUUUUUACUUUUUCUAAAAUCGAGUCAUAACCUUGUACUUAGGAAAUUUUGAGAUAAGUCCCUUUGGCACCGGAAACUCAGUCUUCUCAGGCUCCUUCUGUUCUUCCUAAUUCUAUCCAUUUUCCUAUCAUGAAGAGUCUUUGCCUCAGUUGAUGGGGUUGGCAUCUCCCAAGCUAGAAAUCUCAUAAAGCCUUUUUUGAACCUUUAUUUACAUCAGCUAAUCUUUCACUAAUUUUUUUUUUCUGUUGUGUCAGGUUGGGUUCCCCCACAAGCGGACUCAGACAAAGAUUUGAGUACAAGUAGUUUAUUUGAGAGGCGAUUCCAGGGAGCACUGGUAGGACCAUGGGGAUGUGAGACAGGGAAGGCAGGGGAGACAGCGUGGGCAGGUUACCGCUGUCAGCAAGUGAGACUCAGUCCAUUUGGCUUCGCUUUGUAAGGCAUUCCUCACAGUGGUCCCACCUGAGGUACAAGCAGAUCUGGGUUUGCUUUUUUAUCCACUGACUUCCAUCUGACAUUGGAGGCCCUCACUGCUAAGUUCCUGGUGCUUCUUAGCCUGCCUCUUGUGCAAGCCAAACAUUAAUGUCUCAGGUAAAGACUCAGAUGUUUGCAACAGCAAGCUGUAAGAUACAGGGGAACAGCGAGCAUUGUAUGUAGGGUCCCAACAGAAUCUGCUAGAUGGUUCUAUCUCCUAAAUAUCCUUUAAAUUUAUCACCUCUUUUACCUUCUUGCACCAAGUAUUUUUCACUUGGGUUUCUGAAAUCCAGGCCAUUCAAGUCUGGGGAGAUGAUGCUCCUAGCAGUUGUUUGAACUUUCCUGGGCAUGGCACUUAGCGUGUUAUUAGUUUUUUGUUGCCUAUUUACUUGUAUUUAUUCUCUAGACAGAACCUAACACACAGAAAUAUGUAAUCAGUAUAUAUCAAAUGAAUGUUGUUAAUUAGCCUCCUAUCUCCAGUCUUGCCUUCUUCAUUACCCUGCAGAGUUAUCUUUACUAAUAACAAAUCGAUUAUGCUGAACUUCUAAACAUGUUCAAUGACUACAUAAGCCCCUCUUUUAAUUUCUUGAUGCUCUUUCCUCUCUUUUUUUACUUUGUAAGUUCAUACUGAUCCUUCAAGCCUCAGCUCAGGUACUCCUAGGUAAAAACUGCUCUGAUUACUCAGGCACAUGGUGGCUUUCUCCUCGCUGCACCCACAGCCUUCUGUCCCUAGCUUCACCACACUGAUCCUUUCAUGUGGCAAUUGUCUUCUGGGUCAACUUCAGGGCUCCCUAUGAGAGAUCGUGUCUUACUCUCUUUGUGACCUCUCUGCCUGGCCCCUGAGAGACAUUUAACAAAUGCAUAGUCUGAAAGUUCAGGAUUUGUUGAUGUGAAUGCAUUCUACAUGCAUUUCUACCUCUGUUUCCUGUGCCUUCUGCUUCAUGAUUGCCAGGAGUGACCUGGCCAAGAUACGCUGAGAGAGACUGAAAGUUUGAUGCUUUAACCAUGUCUGUGUGCUGACGCAAAUGAGACAAGGCUCUCAGCUCUGUAUUUGAAGCAGGACUCCGGCAAAGGCAUUGGAUUUCUCAUUCUUUUAUACAUAAAGGGAGAGGGAAAUCCUGAAGCUCUUUUUCUGGCUCAAAAAACUGUCACACAUAUUUAUGUAUUUCAGAAAAAAAGUGUGUUUUAAGUAUUACAAGUAGGACAGUGGAUGCUUCAGCAGGGCAACCAAUCAGAAUUGUAGACUUUUAGGAAUGGUGGGUUACAAUUCACAGGACAUAGUAAUAAUCUUUUAAAAUUCAGGUGUCUUAAAGGACUCUUUUGUAUAAAUAUUUUGAGGACAGUGUUAGAAUAAUAGAAAACAGUAUAUACAUUUUUACACAAGAUUCCUGAGGAGACAAGUAAGUUGGAGAAUCUCAGGUCUACUUUCAAUUUCCCACCUGAUAAAAACUGACUUUAUAAUGCUGAAUAGCGUGUUUAUCUGUGGUUGUAGAACAGAAACCAUUUUCUUGAGCAUGUCGCUUGUUGAGAUGGUUGGGUGGUGGUGCUUUGAUGUGGUCUGAAGCUGUCCCCUGGGUGUGCUGGCUCUAUGUCCUUCCAGGAGGCGCAGGCCAAGGUCAGCCGCUGCCUGAGCUCUGCCUGGGGCCUCCCAGCAUGAGCUACAAAACAGUCUGCUGAUGGCGCUACUUGUGCUGGGCCUGGAGGUGGCCAGGCUAGGUCAGGCUGUGCACCAAGGCCAGCUACCGCUGGUGCCUGGGGCUACUUAGAGUUAUGGGGCGUGCUGAGGCCACAUGCUGCUUGUUUGAGAGAUUAUAGGAAAGUCUGAUGCUUGAGCCAAGACAGACAAUUUGCAUGAAAAAGCCACUAGAAACGUCAUAGUGGGUGGCGUGGGGCCUCAGGGAAUCACCAGUUCAGGGAACAGUGUGAGCCUGGUUGAUGGAGACUUAGACAUGGCGCCUGCCUACUACCUCUGUGGAGAAGGGGCUCAGCAAAGGAACUGUGGACAAAAAGGGGCCACAUGCUAAACCUGAAAAGCUCAGGGGAGGCCUAAGUAGCUGUCUUUCAAACUCAGGGACCUAAGGUAACCACAUAGGACGGUCUGAAAUUAAAAACUUUCUAACUGAAAGCAAGGCAUGGCAGGCAGUCAUAUCCCAGGCUAGAAUUUUCCAUGAUAAAAAGUGAAUCUUUACCUUAAUUGAGCCUGUCUCUUGUCUUUUGUGUCUAUGAUAACAAACCUUUGGAACAUCAAGGUAACUUCCCUUUUCCAAAACCCCUCAGGCACAACCACCCACCAGAGCAGAGACCACAAAUCCCUUCAUUGUUUUGGUGUUAAUUGUUGACCAGUUAACUAUCUUGUAUCCACCUAUGUAAAAGAAGCCUGUGUCUCUCAUUUUACUUUUUAUCCAAUUCCAGAGGUCCCCCUUGGCUUUCUCCUGCCUCCCAAAUCUAUCACCAGUGGAUUUCAUGUAAACCUCUUACCCAUCCUCUUUUGAUUGAAAUGUAUAAGAUAAGGUGCAAAACUGCCAUUUUUCAGAGCAUUUUCUCAACUCAUUGAGGUUUUGCUUCCUAGCAAUUGUUGUUGUCAGUUUGGCUCAAAUAAACUCACAAAAAUUCG